AGCGACUGGACAAUUGUUUGCGUCUUUGUAUUUCCAACUCCUAAUCGGUUGAAGCACUAUAGGCAAGAUUGUAAGAGAAACUUGUCUGCUUAUUUGGACUGAGCUGCAAAGAAAUGUGAUGCCACCCCCAGAUGAAAAUACAUGGAUUAACAUUGCAGAAGACAAUUUUCCUAAUUGCUUGGGUGCCUUGGGUGGAAAACACAUUAGAGUUACAAUGUCUUUCAAAAAUGGCUCAAAGUACUUUAACUACAAAAAAUACUUUUCAGUUGUUCUACUGGCUACUGUUGAUGCAAACUAUUGCUUUACUAUAAUUGAUGUGGGAUCCUAUGGAAGCACAGGUGAUGCCAGUGCUUUCCGGAAUUCAGCAAUGGGAUGCAGAUUAUCAGAAGGGGCACUUCGUCUACCUCUUCCUAAACCAUUGCCUGGGACUGCUGCACCUUCCAUGCCUUAUGUUUUUGUGGGUGAUGAUGUCUUUGGUCUAGCAGAAAAUAUAAUGCGGCCUUACCCAGGGUCACAAAGGGCCAUAGAGAAACGUGUUUUCAAUUACAGAUUAUCAAGAGCACGCCGCAUGGUAGAAUGUACUUUUGGCAUUCUCUCAAACAAAUGUUGUGUAUUCCAUACCUCUAUACAACUGGAACCUGAUUUUGUGGAUAUUAUAAUAAAAGCUUGUUGUGUCCUACACAAUUUUGUCCGUCUUAGGGAUAGGUAUAACUAUCAAGACACCCUGACCGAUGAUAUCCCAGAUAUUGAUUGGGCCACUGUGAGAGGUCCUACAGGAGGAAUGAGAGUCAGAGAUCAGUUUGCUAAUUAUUUUAUGUCUCCAGAUGGAGUGAUACCUUGGCAGUUGAACUGA